GGCCCUCUUCCCCUUCCUCCCCCCCCCGCCGGGCGCGUGACGUGGAGGGGGAGGGGGCUGCAACGGCCCCGGCGCGAGGCGCCUCCUCCCCCCGCCCUCAAGACGCGCCAGAAGGUGGAGGGGCCGCCGGGAUGGCGGCGGCGGGGGCGCCGGGAGGGGGCGGGGCGGGGGCGCCAGAGGAGGAGGAGCACGAGGUGGUCCGCGUGCGGGUCAAGAAAUGUGAAGGCUUCUUGCAACCUGAGUUCCGUACCUUUGCUGUGGAUCCACAGAUCACCUCCCUGGAUGUAUUGCAGCACAUCCUCAUCAGGGCAUUUGACCUAAAUGGGAAGAAGAAUUUUGCCAUCAGCUAUCUGGGCCGAGAUAAGCAAGGCCAAGAAUCAUAUUUGUCAUUGAUGUCAGAUUGGGAUCUGGGCAUGGCCUUUGCUGGAGCCUCCAAGCCUUACUUGCAGCUCAAGAUAGACAUCAAGCCCUCAGAGGACAGCCCCCUGCUAGAAGACUGGGACAUCAUCAGCCCCAAGGAUGUGAUCAGUACCGACCUGCUGCUGGUGGAGAAGCGGUCUCUGGCAGCAGCCGCCCUGCCCUUCACUCAGUCCAUCAUCUCCCAGGUGGGCAGGACACUGUCUAAGGUCCAACAAGCACUCAGCUGGUCCUAUGGCGAGGACGUCAAACCUUUCAAGCCCCCGCUGAGCGACUCCGAGUUCCACACGUACCUGAACCAUGAAGGGCAGCUGACAAGACCUGCAGAGCUGCGUCUCCGAAUCUUCCACGGUGGAGUUGAGCCCUCUCUACGCAAGGUGGUUUGGCGAUACUUGCUAAACGUCUAUCCUGAUGGGUUGACGGGUCAGGAGCGCAUGGAUUACAUGAAGCGGAAGACUCGGGAGUACGAGCAGCUGAAGGGGGAGUGGGAAGCUCGCGCCAGCCCUGAGGACCUGGACUUCAUUCGCAGCAACGUGCUGAAGGACGUUCUGCGAACAGAUCGCACCCAUCCCUACUACGCAGGCUCAGAUGACAACCCCCACCUGACAGCCCUGCACGACCUCUUGACCACCUAUGCCGUCACCCACCCACAAAUCUCCUAUUGCCAGGGCAUGAGUGACAUCGCCUCCCCCAUUCUGGCUGUCAUGGACAACGAAGCUCACGCCUUCAUCUGCUUCUGUGGCAUCAUGAAACGCCUGGAGGGCAAUUUCCAGGUGGAUGGUGAAGUCAUGUCGGUGAAGUUCUCCCACCUCAAGCUUCUCCUCCGCCAUUCAGACCCAGAGUUCUACUCCUACCUCCUCUCCCGGGGCGCCGAUGACCUCUUCUUCUGCUAUCGCUGGCUGCUGCUGGAACUCAAGCGUGAGUUUGCCUUUGAGGAUGCCUUGCGCAUGCUGGAGGUCACCUGGAGCUCCUUUCCUCCCGACCCUCCGAAGGAAGUGGAGUUGGUGGGCCCGCCGGCCAGGCCCGGAGACAGCAGCCAGCCUGUUCGAAGGAGACACAUGUUGCGUCCGGCUUGCAGUUUUGAGGCAGCUGGGGACCAACCCUGCCAAGGGGCAGUUUCUGAUGAGAAGACACUAGUGAAACAGUCUAGCUUUGGGGAGUUCAAGUAUUACAGCACUCAUAAUGAGGACAGCUCAGAGGAUGACCCAUCGCCCAGAUUUCAGCGCUCAGUAGAAGAGGACGAGGACUGUAGCAAUGAGCAGGAUCCAUUGAUCCAGACAACUAAUGUGGCCAAGUCCUUUUCUGCUCCAUCCCUUCGGGCCUUGACUCCACCCUCUCGAGACUCAGCCUCCUCCUCAACCAACGGCAAUGAGGAAAGCCAGUCGGAUGAGGAGAAGGGGGACUCUGUGGUUCACACCCCUUCCUCUCCCUCCCGCGGAACUGCUGCUCCUUCUCCUGUUGCUGCAGUCAGCCUGCCACCCCCGCAGGAGUUUGGCAGAGGUAACCCCUUUGUGCUCUUCCUGUGCCUCGCCAUCCUCCUGGAGCACCGAGACCAUAUCAUCAAGAACAACAUGGACUACAAUGAGCUGGCCAUGCAUUUUGACCGCUUGGUCCGUCGUCACAACCUGAACAAGAUCCUUCAUCGCGCCAAGGCCCUCUUUGCAAACUACCUGCAAUCUGAAGUCUGGGACUCUGAAGAGGGUGACGAGGCAGCGGCUGAAUCUCCUGCCGCGUUGUGACCCCACACCCCACCCCUUUUCUUCUCUUGACAUGUGGGGACUGGUUCCCUGCUGCCAUUAUGGUGCAAGCACUGAUGUGGAAGGGUGAACAAUGAGUAAUCCGGCUUGGUCUCAGCUCUACAGUAAUCUUCAUGGGAGGUGGCCUGGAGCGGCUAAGUUGGAUUGUCCCACUCAAUACACCUUCUGUGUCAAAUGUACUCUGUUUUUAUCUAUCUCUUUGUGCAAAUAUCUUGGCAGAGAUGUUCCAUCUAUCUCCUGUGCCUCCUACCCUUCCAAGUGCUAAUUAUCUUCCUAGGAAGAUCUACCCUGGAGCAGCCAGGUUUUACACUCUGUUGGCCCCUUUCCCUCCUCCUAGUCAAUACUUGACAUGCAUUUCCCUCUCUUAUCUACCCACUUACUAAUGUCCUCCUUAGAAUGUUGGUCACUAAGCAAUCAAGAUUGAUUUCUGACCCUUCUGUAACCUGGUCUCUUCCGUUCUAGGCAGGUUUGCCAAAGGCAUUUUAAAAUGCUGAAUCUUGAUGUGACCUUAAUUUCCCUGCACAUAUGCCUCUCUGCAAAAACUUGCCUUUUAUGCUGAGUUAUUCAAAUGUUUUUGCCCAUUUGGGUUUUUUAAAAGCACUUUAUUUUCUCUAUAAUUUUGUUCAUUCCUCUAGUAUUGCCUUUUUGUUUUAGCUUGAAAGCGCUUUUUAAGAACUGAACUCGCAGCCUUGAAAAAAUAUGCUUGGUGUGUUUAAAAGUGGACUUGUAACACCCCAUUGCCCUUACCGGCCGAUUUUUAAUCCGAACAGGUUGUCCUUUUUUAAAUUGGGCCAUCUCCGUGGUCUUUUGUGAAUUAAAUACUCACGGGGAGUCUAGUAAAAGAGUCAAGAGUCUAGUAAAAGAGUGGAUUGGGAAAGUUGAAUGGAGUCUUGAUGCCACAGUGCCCUUAUAGAUCUUGCUCUUGGGUAAGUAAUAUCUUGUGUCUGGCUCGCACACUUUCUCUUAACUAGCGAUCUCCUCAGCUGAUGUAUCAUCCAAGAUUUGCUUGCUGUAAAAACAGCCAUUGCCUGGUCAAGUGGGUUUUGUUUCCAGUCUCUCUAACUGGCUUUCUUAUUUAAACGCAGGUUGCCAAAUUCUUAACAAUGGUUUCUCUAUGCAUCUUUAGCUUGCAGGGCAGGAUUGCGCUGGAACAUGUAGCAACAGAUUCUGUAUCAUUAGACAGAGAGAACUCAAGCUGCUUCUAGUCUUGAUGCAUUAAUCUGAAGUCAAAUAGUAGCAAAUGGUAGUAUUCUUUGCCUCUUGAUAGAGAAAAAGUGUUUUGAUUCUUGAAUCUCCAUUCUUGCUGUUUCUAGGUUAAACUGGAAACCAAAUCACUUGUGACCCUGUCUUAAAACUGUUUGAUUAUUGAGAGUUGAUACCUGAAUAGGCUGUGCUGCUACCUUUCUCCCUUGGAACAGACUGGGUGCGAGAUGCCGUAGAUGGGACAAAAAGUAGACUGUGUUGAAUACUGUUGUCAGUAGCACCACUUUUCUGGCCAAAAGGUACAUUGUUGUGGGCUCACUCUGCUUCAGAUGAGAGCAAAAUGGGCUCAACCAUGUCCCUAAAGGCCACUGGAAACAUUUUAACUCCAGUGUUAGGGUUCGGUUUCCAUUUUAGAUGUGCAAUUCCUAGAUUCAGUGGCAAAUUAUUUUGAGACUACCCCCUCCCCCCUCUCUCUUAAUGUUGGGGGUGCCACAGUGUGCCCUGUUCUCCCCCCCCCAAUUCCUCCAUGUGUUCAUUUGCCUGCCUUAAUUCACAGCUAGCUGUGGCUUUAAAUCCCCAGGGUGGGUUUCAACUAACUAGUUCUGCUGUGGAAACCUGCGUAAGGACAUCUGCCUGCACAACAGGGCUUCCCAUUCCCUCCUCCACACCCCCUGAAAUUUGCUCUGAGGGGUCAGGAGAAUCCCCAGAACAGCAUGUGGGAGGGUAGAAGAGAAGGGUCAUUCAGUCCAACAGACAUAACACUACAUUAAAUUCCUUCUCCAGACUAGAAAAUUUUUGGCUUAGAAAAAGGAUAUACUGGAAGGUGGGAACGAGGUGAAGCUUCUCAGGCCAUCACAUCUUUUCUAGCCAGAGCAGCCUUUACUACCAUGGGCUUUUAAAUCUCUGCAGGCCAAGAGCAGAAAUCGGCAGGGGCCACAAAUGAGGCUUGCCAUCAGCAGUGAGGUCUUAAGCAGCUUCCUUUCUUGAUUGGUUGGAGUUGGGUGAAUUUUAACAACCUGAGAACCAUCAAAGUCAAUAAGAGAAUCAAAGCAGGGCUAAUUAAAAGGGACUUCAGAUAGCUUAGUGCCACAGAGGCACCUGUACUUCAUUUGGGGGGGGGGGGCGAGAUGCAGAACUGCAAGUCCUAUCUAUCUGUAUUUUUUUAAAGGCAUGAGCUCAUUCUUUUAAUGAAAUGUCCACUAGAAGGAGCUGUAGCUUAGUUUAAAACAAUGAAGCUACAUUGGAGGAGGUCUGUACAGCUCUCUGCACCCUUUCACCAACUCCUUCCGUACUGACACUGAUGGCAGUAGAGGUGAAGACAAUUAAUCAGAAGGCAUAGGUCCUUUUGAGAACAGAGGUCAAGGAAAGGUAGAAUAACCAGUUUUGGAGCUACAUCCAUUACAUAGGUCCCAUAUUGUCCUGUUUUUUAAAAGAAGUUGAUUCUGGAUGAAUGCAGAGUGUCAAGCUUGGCUUGCAAAAGGUGGUUCAUAGACACACACACAUACCCCAGUAUGGUGGCUUGCUUCCUACAGGAUGCUGUUGAAGUCACUGUGUCUGAACUAGGUCUCCUUGGUUAUUUAACUUGCAGGAUGUCCCUACAUUAUAAUCAAGAUACAUAGUUCCCCUUUACAUUGAGGACAGGAUGCACAUCAUCUCCCAACCUUUUGGCCAUGCUCAGAAAACUUCCUUUCAGGAUUGUAGUCCUCAAAGUCUGGUGGUUUUAGGAUGACUGUCUUCCUCUGCCUGCCUCACUCCCCCCCCCCCCAAUACUGCACCACGAGGAACUGAAUCAACUAUCUGAAUAAUACAAUGGCUUUAACUGACAUUGGAAACGUGAUUGGUUUAUUAACAAGGGGGUUGGUGGGGAAAGAAGAGUUGCUUAAUUAGCAUUACUUGUAGCUUUAAGGUGUGCUUGGAUAUUACUUGCUUUGGGAAUUGGGAGAUGACCCCUUGCCACCCUUGUCUGAGCCCCUGUUCCUCCUCGCUCUUCUCUCCCUCCUCCCCUACUUCUGCCACCACCACGCACCCCUCCUGUUCCCUCUGUGUGCCUCUAGCAAAGGAAUCCUGCCAUGAGGCAGCUGCCCCGUGGAAGAAAGACCUGAGCCAUGGGUUGUAGUCCACUGGGAAGCUUUCCUAACUAAAAUAACCAGGAUCUCUUUUUUGUGUGCAGCUCCUGUUAGCAUCCAUGAAGUCUGCGCAGGAGAAGUUCCUUCAUUAAUAAAGGGUAGUGAUGAUAUACAGCAUGUAUGGCUGUAUCUCUGCUUCUGAGAAUCCACUAGGGGGCAGUCUUGCUUAUCACAGGGGUACGGUACGUUACUAAGCUCCAUCUCUCACUCCCCUAAUUUCUGCUUUCGUUGUACCUUGCCUCUUCCUGGCAUUGGAAGCCAAGCAGAAGUUUCACAGGCUGUGAUGUAAACUCCGUUUUCCGUUAUUCCACCUUUGGAGCCUUCUUCCUGCACUUGGUGCUGAUGGUCAGAUUCCAUUGGAACAAGACUUCUACCUUAUCCAAACUUGUUGCUCUGUGUUAUAUUUAUAAGUGUGUGCUUUUCCUCUGCCUUCAUAUUAGUUGUGUGCUGCUUAUUUAUUUUGCAAGCUUUUUGGCGGGGGUUAUUUUAGUUUUGGGCUGGGAUGUGUGCACAAACGCAAAGGUGUUGAGGGAGGGCUGUCUGGCUUUGAGGACUGUUUGUGCCAGAAUCCCACUACACAUGUUUGGCCUGGUUUUUAUUUUUUGUGGGAUAAUUUAUAUAGGCUUCCCACCUAUAUAACCAAGUUACUCAAAGAGCUUCAGCCGAAGAAACGCCUUGUUCAAAAUUAUUUGAGUGAAAAUUCAAAAUAUAAAGGUGUCCAAUAAUGUUCAUAGGCAGAAGAUUUGGGAUUACAAGAGAUGGGGUAUUGAAUUGGACUUCUGUGUGGCUUUCAUGAGAAAAAAUCUCAGUGGAUUGUGUUCCCCUUUCAACAAAUAGGAGGUAGAGUGCCAUUUUGAUUUUCUCCCAGCAACACCAAAAUGUUUUGUUUAUCCUGUAUAUUUUCAAAGCUUAAAUUGGAAGCUUAAAUUGGAAGCUUAAAUUUGUGUUCACCUGCUGAGAGAAUGGAAGCAUACGAGCUGCUUUCUUGUUAACCCAGCCUCUCUUUUGUAGAUCUUGAAUCCUUUAACAAUGUCCAGCCUACGUUCAGAGUCCAGCCUAUGUUUAUGCCUCUGGGACAAGUUUGCUUCAUUCUUCUUCAUAGCUUUGCUGACUCCAAAUGGGGUCCAGUGGGGUCAGGGAGUCACCUCCAGCCAACCCAAUUUACAAAUGAACUGAAAAGGAACAGCAAGUAGAUUGGGUGGCAAGAAGCGAGGCCGUCGCCUUUGGAGUUCAGUCUCUCCCCCCAUCCCACAAUCUCCCUCCCUCUCAUGAAAUGUGGCAUUCAUAGUGCUAUGUGCUUGAACGGGUCCGUCUUAUUUAAAACAUUUCUGUCUCAUAUAUGUAUGCAACUUCUUUCCACUUUUGAUCCCCUCUUAAUGUGUAAUCAUUCAACUCAAAUGGCCCUUUUUCUUCAAGGCCUCAGGCACUUUUGUCUCUCCUUGUUUUAAAGCUGAUGUGAUAAAGGAAUGGAAAUCUAAAUAAAGCAGUUCUGCUUGCUGAUUUCAUUCAGAGCUGCUUGGUGUGCCUGGUCUGCCCAGACAGAAAUAAUGGUGUUGGACAGAAACCAGCAGGUUUCCAGCCCUAGAGGCUCACAGGCAGAGAUGUGAUGAGACGAAGGAGUGAACAGUUGGUAGACAACAUAUUAUAAAUUGAUACACACUGAAACAGCACAGAUAAAAAAUGUGGACCUGUGUUAAAAGUCAAAAUGGGGAAUUAAAAAAAAAAAAAUCUGUACCAAGAAAAGCCAAAUCUGUUUACAUGGAAUAAACUUCUUCCAAGUAAUUUA